GGAGACGAGGAGAGUGGUCAGGAGGCGAGUGGAGACGAGGAGAGUGGUCAGGAGGCGAGUGGAAGGCAAGGAGAGUGGUCUGAAGGUGAGUGGAGAUGAGGACAGUGACCAAGAGUGAGUGGCCAAGAGGGAGUGGAGUCCGGCUUAGGAUCAGGAUCAGACGAGGAGCACUCUGAAUCUGAUGAAUCUGGAGAAGUCUCAGGGAUCCUUGAACCAGAAGUCCCAUACAUGAAUGAAACUGUCACUCCCAUCAAUGCACAACUGGCAAUAGCACAGAUGAAAGCGAGCCUGAGUCGAGCACAGAUGCGCCCUCUACUGAUAUGGAGAUCACGCUGCUCUCUGACUUGUCCCAGACCCCCCUGUCCUCCCCACCGUACCCCAGGAGUCCCGGGCCGAUGCAAAUCUGGAGUACAGUGGGAGACCUCAGUCACUGAGGACCCUGAAUCCAUCACUCCACUCACUGAGGACCCGAGGAGACCCCCAGCCCGACGCCCACCACAGAGACUACGAUGACCAGACUACGGACGGCAGCACCCCUAUAUCCAGAGGACGUUGAUGAGGAGAAACUGAUUACCACUCCUACUACUCCAAGAUUUGGGAACAUUUCAGAUGCCUGCCUAGAGAAUCCUUGUUCCAACGGGGGAACAUGUGUCGACAGUGGGUCUUCAACCAAGUGCCUUUGCUUGCCCACCUAUGGAGGAAACAUGUGCCAGACAGACCUGGAGGUGUGUGAGCCGGGUUGGGAAAAGUUCAUGGGCUUCUGUUACCRACAUUUCACCAAGCGUCAGGGCUGGGAGGUGGCAGAGCAGCACUGUCGUWUGUGUGGCGGUCACCUGAUCUCGGUCAUGACCCCUGAGGAACAGGACUACAUUAAUGAAAAGUACAGAGAGUACCAGUGGACGGGACUGAAUGACAGRACCAUAGAGGGAGACUUCCGCUGGUCUGACGGGAAUCCUCUGUUGUAUGAGAACUGGUACCGGAGCCAGCCGGACAGUUACUUCCUGUCUGGAGAGGACUGUGUGGUGAUGGUAUGGCACGACGGGGGGCGCUGGAGCGAUGUGCCCUGUAACUACCACCUCUCCUACACCUGCAAGAAGGGCACCUCUUUCUGUGGCCAGCCCCCCGUCAUUGCCAACGCCAAGGUGUUUGGUAAGUCGCGUCUGCGCUACGAGACCAACUCCAAGGUGCGCUACUACUGUGAAGAAGGAUUCCUCCAGACACAGAACCCCGUCAUUAAGUGCCUAUCCAACGGCCAAUGGGAGGAGGCUCUGAUCACCUGUCACCCUGCCCUGACCAACUUAGCAGAGGGAGAGCAGAAGGUCACRACRCCACCCUAUCAGAACGAGGGGGUGGAGGUGGUGGACACAGCCACGGAGAAAGCCACUUCAGAGUUCUGGGACAUCAAGUGGAACUAAUAAGCUCAUCAAACUCAAUAUGCCCCUUCCCUCUGCCCCCUUCCCUGGUAUCUUAUGUUCCACUCAAAGACUGUCCAACCUUGUCCCUCCAACAAGGUGGAGCCUUGUAAAAUAAAUGUUCUCCCUGAGAACGAGUCAUCACAUUCCUGUCACCAGCUCUUUCCAGAAUAAACCCAUUUAGAACAUCAACAGACUUGAUCGAUCGCACUUACAAUAAGAGUGCAUCCCAACAUAAGGCCACUAUUAGAGGAAAUGGAUCAAAUUUGCACAGUACAGUUUGUCAUUGGAAUGAGCUUUAAUGAAGAUGUCCCAUCCAUCAUUGGGCUUUUUUGUUGCAUGUGAUUGUUGACUAGUGAAAUACUUUGAUAUCCACCUGUGCUACGACACUGUUGGAUUACUGUAUUUGACUGCUAGUAACAUAUAUUAUGACAUGUUUAUGAUGGUAUACAGUAUGAUUUUGAUGGAGAGUUUUAGUAAAGUGCAACCUAAAUCUCAA